UUCUACCGGUAGCUCAUAAGUUAGCGAAAGGCGUACUUUUAAAAUCUGCAGAGAAGCUAAAGCCGUACAUGAUGCCAGCUUUGACAUCUCUUGGUGAAUCAUUAGAUAUGUACCAUAAAGUUGUGGCUGCAGUAUGUGACGGCACAACUGCUAAUAUCGAAAAUAAGGAUGAUGAUGAAGAACCGGCUAAUGAGUGCAAAUUGGAAAAGGGGUCCGUAGAUGAGGCUGAUGAGAGCAAGCUUACAACAGCAACAUCAGAUCAUGUGGACCAAUGUGUGUGUUGCAAGACGACUUCAUGGCUAUGCUUUUGUUGAUUGUAAUGACAAGCGAGAUGCUCAGGAUGCCAUCCACGAACUUGAUGUUUAGGAGUUCUCAUAUAUUAAUGACUAAACCAAAUAAGAAUGGGGGAGAGUAGAAAUGUCCAAUAACUUUAGAGGAUCAUGUGGUGGUGGCGGCGAUGGCAGUGUAGGGCAUGGUGGAGGUCGUGGUCGCUCUAGAGUUACUGAAAGUUUAAACCGAGGUCAUCAGAUGUAUGGAAAAAUGAUUUCGAUGAUGUACCUGGGAGAAAUUCUUCGUAGAGUUAUGUAGGGUGCCUGAAGAGGCUGUCCUUUUUCUUGACACGCUGCCCCCGAAACUAAAAAGUCUGUUUGUGUUGAGGUCAUCAUAUGUCCGAGUCUCGCUUACUACAUCAAGUUAUUCCUGGCUGGUGGAUGACGGUCUAAAGUUAUUUGAAUCAAUCGAGGCAGAGUAUAACAUCGUUCCGUCACUUGAGCAUUACUGUUGUGUUUUAGAUAUGUUAGGGAGAGAUGGUAGUGUGUCAGAAGCUUACGAUUUUGUUGAAAGAUUUGGGGAAAAGGUAAUUAUUUGAAAGUUUAGGGUUUACUUUUGGGCUCUUGCAGAACCCAUGAGAAUUUCGAUUGGCGAAAGUUGUUGCGAGUAAGUUGGUUGAAAUAGGUCUGGUAAAUAAGAAUGCGGGUUAUCAUGCGUUGUUGUCAAAUAUAUAUCCGGGUUCUAAAAAUUGCUAUAAAAUAAUUUGUACAAUAACAUCUCAAUACCUAUAAAAAAUGAAUCAAAACAUAUUUACCUAAGUGAGAAAAAUCAUAUUUUUAUACGUUUAUAUUGAAAAGUUCUUUCAUUACAAAGUUCAUCUCAUUGCCAGUAUAUAUUAUAUGUUUGUGUUAAACCACCCGCGAAGCUCGCGGGAUCUUAGGCUAGUAUAUAUAUAAAUGAGAUGGAUUUGGGCAAUGUGGCAUUUGUCUUUGGCCAUCUAGGAUGAUGUGGCAAUGUGAUUUAGGAGGGAAAUCCCAUUCCUUUGUAAAUUCGCAAAUCCAAAGACAAUGUACGCGGCAUCCGAAUUUUCUUGGGUCGGGUUAUGUGUGCUCCGAAAACAACCAGCUAUUAUAUUCGGAUCAUUUAUAACCUAAUUGAAAUCUCAUUUUACUAUGUAAUCUCCUUCUUUUCUUCUUGAUUCGGUUAUCUUCUCUCCCAUUUUACCAAAAAUUAGGUCAACAUCAAAGGUAAAUACACUGAUUUGAACCUAAAUUUAUGUUAUUAUAAGUUUUGUAUCAAGAACAGGGUUUGAUUUUAACAUUUGUUUUGUUUUGAUUUUUGUAGAUCCAACCGUAGAUCUUUAAGGUAUGUUGUUUAUUCCUUUAUCCCACCAUAAUCUGAUUUACUUUGGUCUGAUUUUUUGUAGAUCCCACCAUAAUCUCCUUCUUUUCUUCUUGAUUCGGUUAUCUUCUCACCCAUUUUACAAAAAUUAGGUCAACAUCAACGAUCCAACCGUACAUCUUUAAGGUAUGACUUAUAAUCCUUUAUCCCACCAUUAUCUGUUUUUUUUUGGUCUGAUUUUUGUAGAUCCCACCAUAAAUCACAUUUGUUUUGGUCUGAUUUCUGUAUCUCUGACCAUAAAUCUUGAAGGUAUGCUGGUUAUUCAUUACCUACAUAUUGAUUUAUACUAUUCUCAUUUUUGUACAUCCAAAUAUAUUUAUCGCAUUUAACGAUUUUUAUUUGAUUUUUGUAUUCAUGUCAUCCCCGAACUCUGGCAUAACAAUCGGAAUCCCAUAUUUCUGCAAGCAAGAAGUUAUGGUUCCAGUCAACUCUUCAACUUCCCUCCAAUCUUCUUCCAAGAAUACCAUCGGUUUCCAUAUUACAAUUUAUUUCUUCAACGGAUCUAUAUAUAUAGAUUGUUUUACAUUCCUCACAUUGUCCAUCUACAUCUACUUUUUAUUCAAUCCAUAUCUGAGGUUUACAUAUCGCUCUACAAACAUAUUAUUGCUAUGUCUGAAGGUUCAUCAAGUCUACCAUGGUUCUUAAGGUUAAUGAAUGUAGCAGAUACAGUUAUUUUGUGCAUUCCCGAUGAUGCUGUUUGCAAACUAUGGGGUGUUUAUAAAGGUCCUACCAAUGUUAUGAUACACACUGAAGAUGGCCGAGAGUUUAAUGUUUCUUUAAGCGGUGCUAAAGGAAAGUUAUUCCUCUUCCAUGGUUGGUCCAAUGUUGUAGAACAUUUGAGUCUAACGAAAGGUUGUUUGGUAGUAUUUAAUCCCAUUUCGUCUACUACUUUUAAAUUAACAUCUUACGUUGAUGGCGUUAGUCGUGGCUCUUUUUGGACGUAUUUGCUACCUUCAUCAUCGCAUUUUUAUGUCAUUCCUGAAAGCAUCCUGCCAAAAGUUGAUCAAUAUUCAUCAAAUGAUGUAAUAUCUACUGUAAUGUUGGGUAACAAAAUUUUUAAGGUUGCCAUUGAAACAUCUGACGGUAAAGUUGGAUUUACCGUUGGUUUUGACGUAAUGGUCAGUAUGUUACAUCUGAAGGUUGAUUGUAUUUUGUUAAUUACAAAAGGUUUUGGCAAUUUUUUCCUUUUAAAAGUUUUUGGAGAAAACGGACUUGAAGUCGAUUUUUCUGAUAUAGACAUCGAAGUGCCUGAAGUUGCACCUAUCGAUGCUGAAAAUGAAGGUGAAGUACAAAUACAUGGUUCUGUUCGUCGUUUUAGACGUAUGGCUGGUGAACGUUAUUUUAGGAUUCCGGAUCCUGUUUCACGGAUGGCUAGACUUCAUGAAGGUUUAAAAGAUAUCACUGUUAGGCUUAUGCAUCUCGAUCCACCUAAGCAAUUUACCAAUGGUACAAGACGGGAAAAAAAAAACAGGAGGAGGUUGGCGAUACGCGCUGACCGGUUGGAAGAAGUUCAUGAAAGCUGCUAGAAUUAACGUCCUUGACACGGUUCACUAUUCUUUUGAUGAGAAUGAGCAGGUGUUGAGUGUUGAACGAGUUGAACCUUACGAUAGCCGUACUAAUUAGUUAAAUCACAGUGAUGGAAAUUUUUUUGCCUUUCAUAUGUUAGAUUUUAUCUCUAUAUAUUGUAUUUUUUGGUUUUGACAGUCGUUAUGGUUUUUAUGUUAAACAGUAAUUUUUUAAAUUUUAUAAAGACUUGUCUAAUGCUUCUAUAUGUUACAAAUUAAAAAA